AUGGGAGAGCAAGACACGGACGGAGUGGAAGCGUUACUGGCGGCGCUGGGCCCCUUCGGCUGGUGGCAGCGCGGCGCUGUGCUGAUGCUGCUACUGCCCAACUUGUUGGCGCCGAUGUACUCCCUCAAUUACGUCUUCGUCGCUGACCGCGUGCCCUUCAGGUGCCUGGUGCCAGAAUGCGAGGAGGCGCACAGCGCGCAGUUCGAUAACACCACCGCGUCUCGGCUCGUGCAGACCGACGCCUGCCGCCGCCCGGGACCUCGCCGCCCCGGCGCCCAAACCUGCGACCCCACCGACUUCGAUGCUGACGACAGCCUGCCUUGUGAACAGUUCCUCUAUCAAAAUCCAGAUACAGUAUUCGCCGAGUUCGACCUGGCGUGCCGCGAGUGGCGGCGAACCUUGAUAGGCACAGUGCGCAACGCGGCGCUGCCGCUCGCGCUGCUGCUCACGGGCUACGUCUCAGACGGGUGGGGUCGUCGCACGGCGUUCUGCGUGUUCGGGGCGUUCGCAGGAGUGCUCGGACUCGUGAAGUCUCUGGCGCCGAACUACAAUACGUACAUAGCGCUCGAGUUCUUCGAGGCGGCACUCGGCUACGGGUUCAACAGCGCCGCGUACGUAAUAAUGGUGGAGCUCGCCAGACCGUCCCUUCGGGCUGUGUUCGCUUGCGCAACAGGCGUGGCAUACGGGCUAGGUGGUAUUCUUUUCGCGGAGACGGCAAGGCGCAUCCCACAAUGGCGCAGUCUGCUGCGCGUCGUGCACUCUCCCGCACUGGUGCUGCCCGCCUACUGGCUUUUAUUGGACGAAAGCGUACGCUGGCUGCAUGCGGCCGGUCGUGUUGAUGAAGCGGCCGCCGUCGUCAGGAAAGCUGCUCGAUGGAAUAAGGUUGUUAUAGAUGAAAGUUUUAUUAACGAGUCGUUGACGUCGUCGGGGAUCACGGGCCGGACGAGCGUGUGGAUCGCAAUAGGACAGGUGGCGCGAUCUCGUGCGUUGGUCCUUCGUCUCAUGGCGUGUUGCAGUUGCUGGUUAAUGGCCGCCUUCAUCUACUACGGCCUCACCAUAAAUUCUAUCGCACUCGCCGGAAACAAAUACACUAAUUUUGCGCUGAACAUGGCCAUGGAGAUCGCCGCAUCACUACUCAUCAUGAUGUCCCUGGAACGCAUCGGGCGAAAGAUAACGAUUUCCGUCGCUUUUUCGCUGUGCGGCUUUGCCGCUGUCAUCCCGUUCUUUGUUGGUCCGGGGAUGACCCAAAGAGUGAUGUACUUCGUGGGCAAGCUGGCGAUCACGUUCGCGUUCAACUCGCUUUACGUGUUCACGGCGGAGCUAUUCCCGACGGACGCUCGCUCGUCUUCUUUGGCGGCCGCGUCGCUCGUGGGUCGAAUCGGCUCAGUGCUAGCGCCGCAGACACCACUGCUCAGUGCGAACGCUCAGGCCGCGGCAUACGGCGGGGCGGCGGCUGUCGGAGCACUAGCAGCGGCCCUGAUGCCGGAGACGCGACGCACUCCUCUGCCGCAGCGCGCUCGCGACGCCGAGGAACUGCGGCGCUACCCUCCCCCGCCCAUCCCGAUGCGCCCCCCUCUGCGCAGCGUCGCACCCCACGCACCUCCCGGCCCUGCGCUUACCAGGAUAAUCUCCCUGAGUGUUUGA